UCAUCAUCAUCAUCAUCAUCAUCACCAAGUAUUCAUUUUUGUCGUCUUCACAUUGCAACUUGACCCAAGCCUGUCUGUACACCGCAAUUAAAGCCAUGACUUUCGACUUCAACGACAUCCCAGAUCUUUCCGGCCGCAUCGCUCUCGUGACAGGAGGCAACACCGGCAUCGGAGAAGCGACGGUUCGACACCUCGCCGCCCAUGGCGCCAGGGUCUACAUGGGCGCCCGCAGCAGCGACAAAGCCGCUACCGCAAUAGCAAGGAUCAAGGAAGCCCACCCGAGUGCCGAUGUCCGCCACUUGCAAAUGGACCACAUGUCUCUCGCCUCGGUCAAGGCCGCAGCAAACACCUUCACCAGCCUGGAAUCCGAGCUCCACAUCCUAGUCAACAACGCGGGCAUCAUGGGGACCGAGCUCCAGAUCAGCAAAGACGGCAAUGAGGCUCAGUGGCAGACAAACUAUCUCGCCCACUGGCUGUUGACCAAGUUGCUCCUGCCCUUGAUCAUCUCCACCGCCGAGAAGGCACCGAGAGGUGCCGUGCGCAUCGUGAAUGUCAGCUCGAGUAGACACAAGCUGUUCGCGCCGAAGGAGGGGAUUCGCUUCAAGAACACUGCCCUAGACAACGAGUCGAAGAUGACCCGCUACGGACAAAGCAAGUUGGCCAACGUCCUCCACGCCAAGACCCUCGACGCUCUAUACGGACCCGGCUCCGAGCACGCGCAGCACCACGGGCCAAUUCUCACGGCAAGCUUGCACCCCGGCGCGGUCGAUACUCAGCUCAAUACUCAGGUCUCAGUCAAGGGUAUGGGAUGGGUUAAUCCGGUGUUGAAGUGUGCUGGCGUGUUCAGCGAUCCUGAUGAUGGCGCGAUGGCGAGCUUGUUCUGUGCUUCGGCUAAGGAGUUCUCGGAGGACAUGAGUGGCAAGUACUUUGACAGCAAGGCUAAGGUAAUCAAUCCUAGUGAUCUGGCGAGGAAUCAGGGACUGAGAGACGAGCUGGAGGCGUGGACGACGGCGAAGAUGAAGUCGGAGGGUUGGAUUGAAUAGACUCGUAUUGAUGAUGGGAGAACAUUG